AUUUGUAUUUAUCUCCGAUUGUAACCUCAAAUUCUGACGGUUCAGCUGUCAUUUCAAGCCAAGUUGUUUACAAACGUUCAAAACACAAUAAAAGCGUGAUUUGAUCGCAGAAAAACAAGUGCUCGUGUAAAAAUGGGUGAAAGAAAAGGCACAAACAAAUAUUACCCCCCUGAUUACGAUCCCAAGCAUGGGGGCCUUAAUAAGUUUUUGGGGACCCAUGCCCUCAGAGAGAGGGCUAGAAAAAUCGACAAAGGUAUCAUUAUUAUCAGGUUCGAGAUGCCCUACAAUAUUUGGUGCGACGGAUGUAAAAACCACAUUGGUAUGGGUGUUAGGUAUAAUGCCGAAAAGACUAAGGUCGGGAUGUAUUAUACAACUCCUGUCUAUGAGUUUAAUAUGAAAUGCCACCUGUGUGAAAAUCAUAUUGUGAUUAGGGCUGACCCAGGGAACUUGGACUAUGUCAUACAAUCAGGAGCAAGAAGACAAGAAAACAGAUGGGACCCCUUAAAAAACGAACAAAUAGUACCUGAAACAAAAGAAACGCAAAAAAGGCUAUUUGAUGAUUCAAUGUAUAAGUUGGAACAUGGGGAGGAAGACAAAAAUACAGCAGAAAGUGCCAAACCACGUCUAGUAAAGCUGUUUAACAGAAGUGAAGCUCAGUGGUCAGAUAAUUAUACUGCAAAUCAAAAGUUGAGGGCUGAAUUCAGGAAACAAAACAACAUUUUUAAAGGCCAAAAAGCAAAUGAUAAUGCCUUACUGAAAAAAUCAAGUCUGGACAUUCCGUUACUGCCUGAAAGAGACGAAGAUAAAAAAGUUGCAUCCUUAUUGAGCAUGAAAUUAAAAUCAUCUAAAUCCAUAGCAGAAAAUACAGAUUUAGUCAGAAAAAAAAUUAUAUCACAAUCUUCCCUACCCACGCACAAUUUUAGUAAAGCCAAGGAAGAAAAAGCACUGAAAAUAUUGACAAAAAGUAAUUGUUUAGGUAUUUUAUCUAAAAGAAAAAGUAGUGCAGUUUGUGAAGAAGUUUUGCCCAAAAAAAUUGCAAUGGAAUCAUUAGUGGGGGAUUAUGGGUCCAGUACUGACUCUGAAUAAUUUAAGUGUUAAUAUAUUUUUU